UGGAUGAUGAGUUCCUCUACGUGAAGAUUUCAAAGUUUGAAGCGCUAGUAAACAGCGAUACAUUUAACUAGCUUAUCGCUGAGAGGCUUACCGUUGUGGUAAAGAUGAAUAUCGCUGAUUUUAUAUUUUUCCAUGAAAAAAGUGUCCUCCUUUGUCACCGAUAUCAUUCUAAAGUUUGACACGGAUCGGGAGUGGUAUUUGACAUUCCACUGGUACUGGUUGCCAUCAUUACCCUCGGUAAAAGCGUGUAUCCGAGAAAUAUUCGUUCAUUACCCUUCUAUUGAUCAGAAAGUUCCACCUUUGCUCACCAACUUGGGCAAACUUUACCUUGGAUACAACUAUCAAUAUGGGUACAAUGAUAGUGGGAUUUUCUCAAGGAUUGUUUUUCUGUCGUCUCUCCGAGAAUUUGUUUCAAAUAUUCCCCGGGGAUCGAUAUCUGUAUAUGCCAACCUCUCUUCAACUUUACAGAAAUUAGAUCUAGAUGGUGUCUUGGAAUUUUCUGUCGAGACCUUCAAUGCAUUAAACUUGCCCAAUUUGAAAGAUUUAGUGUUGACAAACAUCUCUGACAUGACGAAGAUCAACGAACUGUUUGGGGCUACCCUUACUGUUGAAGAAUUUAGAACUUGUGGAAUUAAGAAUUACUAUUUUCGAACUACGAGAAUUGCCUCUGGGGUUGCAGAAGCAAUCUAUCACCCAGUGUCCUUUGAAGAAGUUUCUUGUGGAUGCAUUUUCGGGUUUCCUUAUAGAGUUAAUCUUAUACGAUGCGGAUCUUCCAUCAUCUGAGAUCUACAUUAUCAAGUUUCUUCCGGAAUUGGUUUCCAUACUGGUUAUAUACUCCCGCUUAACUUUGCUAGAUUUUAUCAGCUCAUUACCGGGGUCUUUAGAAAUCCUAAACCUCUCUGAUAAUUCUUUCGGUCGAUUAAAUGAAACAGAUGAA